CUCACUCACUUCAUGUUGUGGCUAAAAUUAAUAUAAAUAACCAGAGACAUCUGACGAAAAUUCGAAAUUAUAUUUGAGUAGUUAUUUAAAAUAAAUACUGUAUCCUUUCCAAAACUGUGCUGCUCAUUUAUGUUUUCAAGUGUUGGAUCUUUAUUUGAAGUAGUAGGCCUAGUAUCGAAUUUUUAUUAUUUGUUGGGUUUUUUUUAGGUGUAAGAAAAGUGGAAUAAUUUCUUGAAAUGUUCAAAGAUUGGAAAAGGUUCAUUUUGGAUUUGUGUUUUGAGUGUUCAGGUUCAUUUUAAAAGUUGAACAUUUCUUUUUCUGCUUUCACAAUUUGUGUUCAGAUUAUUCUCAGACCAUAGAUUAUAUUUUAGUUCACUUUAGUGUGUUACGCAAGAUACUUGACAGAUACAUUUCUGGCGAAUGUGAUCUGAACAUCAAAGCGUUUAUAAGAUAAAUUUACUUUCCUAAGCAAAUGGAAAACUAAGCACUUACCACUAUAAAUUCAAGACGUUUUCUCUGCAUAAAGGAUUACUUACUCAAUUGUAAAAGACGCGAAUCGAAAGAAAUGUUCUGAUGCGCCUCUUGUAGCAGGCGAAUGUAACUAAGAACGCAUCAGCUGUGAGGGACCUCAUGUUAAUUAUGGAUGACAACAACGCUACUUCGGUGGUCAGCUACGUGGGUAGCCGGAAUGCAUCCUUCAACACCACCAACAUCAGUUGGAAUACAUCCUUCAACAUCACCAACGUCACCAGGGCGGAAAAUUAUGUGAAGCAGUCGACGUUCAUGGUGGUCAUGCUCUCCAUCUGCUACGGAGGCGCCUUCCUGUUGGCCAUCGUCGGCAACAUAAGCGUCCUGUGCAUCAUCUUCAAAAACCGACGCUUCCACUCUGCCACCUACAUCUUCAUUGGGAACCUGGCUGUCGCUGACUUGUGCAUGGCUGUCAUCUGUCUACCCAUCACCUACGUCACUAACAUCUAUGCUUACUGGAUGUUUGGACCAUUCCUUUGCACUGCCAUCCCAUACCUACAGGGGGUGUCCGUCAGCGCGUCGGUCAACACUUUAGUGGUCAUUGCACUUGACAGAUACAUUGCAAUUUGUCACGUGAUGCGCCAACGUAACACAAAGAAAAAUGCCAGGGUCAUUCUGGUCAUCAUCUGGACCUUUUCCUUGCUGAUCCUCCUCCCGUGGGCUCUGUACUAUAGACAAUAUGAUUUGUUAAUAGACGGUGUUAUGUACACGGUCUGCAACGAGAUCUUUCCAAGCGAAGAGGCCAAAAAGGGAUUUUUCCUGGGCGUCAUCUUCCUGCUGCUCUAUUGCAUCCCCCUGACUCUCAUCGCCGUCUUUUACUUUUUGAUAGGGUAUCGUGUUUGGAACAGAGACGCCCCUGGCAUCACGUCCAGCAAGGGAGUCAUCGAGAAGUCGAAGAUGAAGGUGGUCAAGAUGCUGAUGGUGGUGGUCCUUCUCUUCAUGAUCUCGUGGAUGCCGCUGUACGUCAUCAGGCUGAACGUUUUCUUCUUCGGCGGCAACGAGAGCGACCCGAUCAUCAAUACCUACGUCAAUCCUUUCGCGCAGUGGCUCGGCACGUCCAACAGCUGCAUGAACCCCCUGGUCUACUGCCUGUUCAGUCAGAAGAUACGCCGGCGCAUUUGGUCCAUGCUGUGUUGCGCCAAGAAGGAGGCUCGGGGUCUCUACUCGACCAGGUCAAUGUACAACAGUGCCUUACAGCAAAGCGUGAGUACGAGGGACUCCUCGAUCAGGCUAGACCCCUGCGCCAACGGCCACGGAAGUAUCAACUACGGGCAUCUGCAGGGCAGCGUCUGCUACCAUCACAGGCCUUCACGGCAGAACAGUGAUCUCAUAAGGUUGAACAGAAAUAAUGUAAUGUCCACUCACGUAUAAUGGUCACUCUUGCAUAGAAGAUCAUGGUCUACGUAUUAGGGAGUUGCCUAGUAUUUUUAACAACUUUGAAGCAGUGUGUUUUCUCUGGUCCACGUACUGUAAUACAUUUACCAAGAACUUCAGACUGACGUGUAUAUCCGCGUCAAGAACUAAAAUGCGUUUAUCUUGGCCAAGAAAUGCAUUUACCAUUGGCCAAUAACUUCGUAGUAACGUGUUUCUCGGGGCCAAGAACUGUAAAGCGUUUACCGUGGCCAAGAACUGUUAUGCGUUUAACCUAACCAAGAACUAAUGCGUUUCCCUUGCCAAGAACUGUGGAUUUGUUAUCUCCGACCGACCCAAGAAAUACAAAUUGAUCUAUUUUUGUUGACUUGUAUCAGUAAGUUGGUGUGUUGACAAAAAGGAAUACUUUCUAUGUUUUAAAGUUAAAACAAGACUAAACAUUGACUGAAUUGGACGUCACUAGGUGGAGACAAAUCUUGUUUUUCUGCGUGAUCAACCGCAUUGUGCCAUGGAUCAACUAACUUAGAAGAAGGCGCUAGGUAGAAUCCUGUUGAAAGCGAAUAAAAACCCAAAUCUACAUUAGCAUUAAUGAAACAAAUCAAUGUAGAAUAGACUUCAAUAGACUGGAAUAGACUUGAAUAGACUCUGGUUAUUGAGCUACUCCUCUUGUUACAUCACCAGCCUUGAAAUUAAAGAGGAGAAAAAUGUACACUUUCAGAAAAACAACAUUUCAACCAUUUUAUUUCGCAUUUGUAAAUGUCGUUUGAAAGUUCUAUAAUUGUUCCAUUUAUUCAAUACUAAACAUUUCAGAGUAUCUUUUUUAUGUAUCUUUGGUAUAUCUAUUUAUAUACAUGUGUGUAAGAGUUGGCGCGGGCGCUGAGUGCUAAGCCUUUAUAGCUUUUUGGUAGUCCUAAGCAAGAGAAGACAAUGUGUCAUUGUUGCCCUAUCCACUUUUUACUGGUAAAAUUAUCUUCCCCUGUUUACAGCAGUAUACGAUUUCAAUCCCCAAUAAGCCAAUCCUUAAGAAAUAAUUAGAAAUAUAACAAUUCAAUUGAAUCAUUUAAAAUGAUAGAACUUUGAAGGUGUACAUUUUGAACAACAUCUGAUUGUAUGUACUGUACCAUUUGUAUUUUUUUAUUUUUUUUUUUCCUGUCAUUUUGAAUUUAUUUAUGAAUCAACUAAUGAUGUCAAUUGUAUGUUAUAUCAAGUGCUACGCAUUUUGAUUUUGUUAAUCCAUUUUGUUUACGGGAAUCCAUUUUUUUAAUUAAAAAUUAUCUUUUUACAUCUAAGUUUCUUACUUACGAACCUAAUAUUAAUAAAGUCUUCAAAUGACCUGAAGCUGUUAUAUCAAUAGUCUCAUAAGUAUUCACGCCUGGAUAAACUGGACAAGGGAGACUAUAAAUAGAGUAUUCUUUUUCUAGUUGGCAUGAGUGAACUAAAAGUCUUGACGUGAUUGUUGAUGAUAUAAAUAAUUAUAGAGAUGUUGAGAUGCGGGACAUUAUCAACCAAUAUUAAUUCACCUUUUAUCAUGCGUAAAGUAACUUACAAAACCAUACAUACGUUGAAUCCGCCUGUCCAAAGCACAUAUAGCAUAGG